CUUGCGCUUCUUGUAUUUUUGUGUUUUAGCUAAAGCUUACUCUAUAUAUUUGGAGUUGUGAGCCAUGGCAAUUGCAACCAUGACUACUCCUCUUCCUAUUUCCUUAUUCCCUUGCCUUCUUCUCAUUCCCGCUAUCUGUUUUACCAUUUGUCAUGCCAAUUCCAACCUACUUUGCAUUCAGAGUGAGAGAGAAGCUCUUUUGAAAUUCAAGAAUCAUCUUAUUGAUCCUUCAAACAGGCUAUCGUCAUGGGUUGAAGGUGGGGAUUGCUGUGAAUGGACUGGUGUCGUCUGCCAUAACUCAACAGGCCACGUCAACCAACUGCACUUGGCCGCUACUCUUCCAGAGGUUGAUUACUCUGAAACAAUUACUGAAUUGGAAGCUUACUACAAUUCCCGGCUAGGAGGCAAAAUAAAUCCUUCACUGCUGGAGUUGAAGCAUCUUAGUUCCCUGGACUUCAGCAAUAACGAUUUUAGCAGCAUACAUAUCCCGAAAUUUUUCGGUUUGCUGCAGAGUUUAACAUAUCUUAACCUCUCUCGAGCACAAUUUCAGGGAGCAAUUCCUCAUAACCUUGGGAAUCUCUCAAAGCUGCAGUAUCUUGAUCUUCGAGGUAAUGAUCUCGAACCAAAAAGUCUUCAAUGGGUUUCUGGACUUUCUUCCUUGCGGUACCUUGAUUUAAGCUAUGUGAAUCUUUCUGAAGCAAAUGACUGGAUACAGGUAACAUUCAAACUUCCCUCUUUGUUAGAGUUGCACUUGUCAGAUUGUGAUUUAGAAGAUGAUCCAUCUUUGAUCAGUGCCAAUUUUACAAAAUCACUGGUUGUUCUUGAUCUUUCUUUCAACCGCUUUUCUUCAGUACCUAAGUCGGUAUUUAGUCUUCAUGGUCUUCUGUCAAUUGAUCUUCGUGGCUAUUCUUUGCAAGGACCAAUUCCAGAUUACUUUGGGAACACCUCGUUUCUUGAAGUUCUUGAUCUUAGUUGGAAUGGUCUCAAUUCGUCCAUACCCAAUUCCUUGUAUAGUUUAAACCGUCUUCAGUUCCUUAGUCUUGGCCAUAACCAGUUACAAGGAACAAUCUCGAGUGCCAUUGGAAACUUGAGCUCUGUUACUCAGCUUGAUCUUUCAGUAAAUCAAUUAAACGGCCAAAUUCCCUUGUCUAUAGGGCAGUUGUCAUCUUUGGAGGAGUUUGAUGCUUCAGAAAAUCAAUUAAAUGGUCAAAUUCCAUUGUCUAUAGGGGAGUUAUCAUCUUUGAAGUUGUUUGAUGUUUCAGAAAAUCAAUUAAACGGCCAAAUUCCCUUGUCUAUAGGGCAGUUGUCAUCUUUGGAGGAGUUUAAUGUUUCAGAAAAUCAAUUAAAUGGUCAAAUUCCAUUGUCUAUAGGGGAGUUAUCAUCUUUGAAGUUGUUUGAUGUUUCAGAAAAUCAAUUAAAUGGUACAUUUCCUCUAUCUUUUGGACGAUUAGAAAGUUUGGAAACUCUGGAUUGUGAGUAUAACCUAUUAGAAGGAGUUGUAUCAGAAACCCAUUUUUCUAAUCUCACGAGAUUGACAACUCUGAAGGCAUCACACAAUCGGCUUAGAUUUGAACCAAACUCUAGCUGGAUUCCCCCAUUUCAAUGUGAAAGGAUCGAAUUGGGUCACUGGCAUCUUGGCCCAAAGUUUCCCCAGUGGCUAAAAUUCCAAAAGAAUUUGUCUUAUUUGGAUAUCUCCUAUGCAGGAAUUUCACAUGUCAUGCCCACUUGGUUUUUGAACCUUCCCACUCAAUUUGAAUCUUUAGACCUUUCCUCGAAUCAACUUAGAGGAGAGAUUUCAUAUUUGAAUGUGAGAAACUCUGUUAAUUUGAGUUCAAACCGAUUCAGAGGCCCAUUGCCAGGAGUAUUCCCAACUUUACGAUUUCUAAUUUUAUCAAAUAAUUCAUUUUCGGGAUCUCUUUUUGAAUUAGUUUGUAAUUCGUUUAGUGGGGAAUUUAUGGAAGUUCUUUACAUUGAUAAAAAUCUUAUCUCAGGAGAUAUUCCAGAUUGUUGGAAUGAUUGGCCGAUUUUGGACCUUUUAAAUUUGGGAAGCAACAAUUUGACCGGCAAAAUCCCACCUUCCUUAUGGCAUCUAAAUCUUAUGAUGCUAAACCUUCGAAACAAUACUAUGUUUGGAGAAUUGCCAUCCACAUUGCAAAAUCCUCCAGAUUUGAUUAUGUUUGAUAUUAGUGAAAAUCAUUUCAGUGGAAGUGUACCAGCAUGGAUUGGUGAUAAGCUCUCAAACCUUGAGAUUCUAAGCCUUCGAUCAAAUAACUUUGAUGGACAUAUUCCUCAUAAAAUUUGUGAUCUUCAAUUUCUUCAAAACUUGGAUCUUGCCCACAACAACAUUUCUGGAGUUAUUCCAAAAUGUUUUAAUAAUUUAAGUGCAAUGGCCACAACAAAAAAAACCAAUAAUGAAAUUUCUGCGGGGAAUGUAAAUAAUGUAAAUCUUGAAGACCCAAUUUAUUUGAACAAUGUAAAUGCUGCCCCAUUUUAUUUGAAAGCAUUAUUGGUAAUGAAAGGACGAGAGGAUGAAUAUGGUAGCACACUAGGACUUGUUACAAGCAUGGACCUUUCAGCUAACAGUCUCACAGGAGAGAUCCCCAAAGAAAUUGGUAGUCUCAUUGGACUAUUGUCUUUAAAUUUUUCUGGGAAUCUCUUAACAGGAAAUAUACCAGACAACAUUGGCAAGAUGGAGUUAAUGGAAUCUCUUGAUUUGUCCAUGAAUCGACUAAAUGGUGAAAUCCCUCCAAGUUUCUCCAAUUUGAAUUUCUUGAACCACUUCAAUGUGUCCUACAACAACUUGACAGGACAAAUCCCAACAAGCACUCAGCUUCAAAGCUUUGAGAACUUGUCUUACGUGGGCAAUCAUCUUUGGGGACCUCCUCUCACUAAGAACUGCACCUCAAAAGGUAUUCCAAUUGACGUUGCAAAUAAUGGAAGUAGCAGGGAAGGAAGUAAAGUGAAUUGGCUUUAUGUCAGCAUAGUUCUCGGCUUUGUAAUGGGAUUUUGGGGUGUAGUGGCUCCCUUGUUUUUCAUCAGGUCUUGGAGGCAUGCAUACUAUCGAAAGUUGGACCAUGUUGGUCGAAAGCUGUAUGUGUCUUGGGCUACUAUGGGUAUGUAGUUUGAUGGGAAAAAAACAUGUGUAAACAUGUUGUCUAAAGUUGGUAUAAUUUACUGGAGAUUGGAUCCAAGUGUGUUUUGAUUAUGUAUGAAUAUGUUUUGCUGUAUUUCAAUAAUAUACAAUGAAAAUAAUUUUCAGCAAAAAAUGUUGUUUGAUAAAUUCCA